AUGAAGUUAAACAUUGUCACUUUGUCUCUCUUGGCCACCCUUGGUGCUGCCGCCCCCGUGGCCAACACCGAUGCACUUGCUGCUCGAGACGACAGCGGCGAAGAUAGACCUAUCUACCCCGGCUGGAAGCGGGAUGACAGCGGAGAGGACCGACCUCUCUACCCUGGCUGGAAGAGAGAAAGCCAGUAA